AUGAGGGGAGAGGAGGCGGUGGUGGUGACCGCGGUGGCGGCGCCCGAGGCGGGCCGCGACGGCGAGCAGCUUCGGCAGCCCGCAGGGCUCGGGUGCGGGGCGCGCGGGGAGCCCGGCGGCGGCGGCCCCCAGGAGUCCCGCAACCAGUGGAAGAAAUUUUUGUAUUGUGAGCCACACAAGAGAAUUAAGGAAGUACUAGAAGAAGAACUUUAUGUUAAGAGAGAUGAAUGCCACAUUAAAAAUCCACCUGCAGUGGCCCUGGAGGGGAUUUGGAGCAUUAAAAGGAAUCUCCCUGUGGGAGGCUUGAAGCCAGGACUGCCAAACAGAAACAGUUUACUGCCACAAGCCAAGUACUAUUCAAGGCACGGAGGACUGAGAAGAUAAAAUGAAUAAAUUUUUCCAUGGAGAAGAAACCUCUUUCUCCUGAUGUCUGAAAAACAGAGAAGAAACCCAGGCUUGUUUCACAGUUUAAGACAUGUAAA